GCGCUACUGAGCAGACUCAAUCUAGUUAGCCAUGGCGGCGACAGGAGGAGGGAAAAUCAGAUCAAGAAGAUAUCACAUCGCUUCAAAACCGUAUGCCAAAGGCAAACAGCAGCCUGGCCUGAUCACUCGAGUGACAGACACAGUGAAGAGCAUAGUCCCCUCCUGGCUGCAGAAAUACUUCAAAAAUGGAGAAGUUGCAGAGGGUGAUGGCGCUGCAGUCGGGAUUGAGCAGAACAAUGUGGCUCCUCCACCCAAUGGCAACGAUGAAGCCGUCCCACUCCCUGAUGGACGAGACUCUCCAGAGCCUAACACAGAACCAUCAACAAGCAAAGCAUCGCUGAACUUCCAUGAGGCUCUUUCGAGACCGCCGCUCAAUCGGACCCACCUGCACUUCCCUUCCCUGGACGGCUCUCCGGCAUUAGGUGGAGCAAGCGCUCUCUUCUCCCAGCCCUCCACAUCUACAGCACCCUAUUCAGGGAGCCCUUUCGCUGUAACCUCCAACUUCUCCCUGGUAAAAGAGAUAAAGGACUCCAGCUCUCAGCAUGAGGAUGACAACAUCUCGACUACCAGCGGGUUUUCAUCACGUGCAUCUGAUAAAGAUGUGCCCACGUCAAAGACUGUGCCGCUCCUCUGGUCCCCAGAGUCUGAACGCACCCACUCUGGAUCGCAGCCAGCCCAUUCUGGGCUCAAGAGACCAGCCUUCAACCUGUCAGUCUUCGGCACUUCCUCAUCAUCAGUGUUGAACAGUUCAGUGCUGAACUCCAGUCAGUUAGGGGAUUCACCCUUCUACCCAGGGAAGACCACAUAUGGAGGGGCUGCUGCGAUGAGAACGGCUCGCUCUCGCCCGGCUACUCCUUACCAGCCUCCCGUUAGGAGGCAGAUAAAGGCAAAGCCGGCUGGAGCUCAACCCUGUGGAGUGACCAGCGCCACGGCGAGACGCAUCUUACAGUCUUUGGAGCGCAUGUCCAGUCCUCUUGCUGAUGCAAAAAGAAUUCCAUCUUCAGUUUCAUCACCUCUUUCAGCUUCCUUGAACCACACAGACCUUGACAUUUCAAAUUACCAGGCAAAAAGGAAAAGGCUGGAGCCAUCGGCCCCUCCUGUGCAGAAGCUGGUUGUUCCUGCAGCUGCUGCAGUGUCUGGUAACCGCUCGAUGUCCUUCAGACCAUCACUCACCCCAGGUGGAGGGAACAGAGGGCUGGACAAAAACAACAGGGACACUCCGGUAAGACAAUCUCCUCCAAUUUCAGAUCCCUCCCAGACUCCAUCUACCAGCAGUGUGUCCUACCCGCUGUCCAGCACCCCAGCACCCAGCAGCGCUGCUUCAGGAGGGGGGAAAAUGAAGAGGGAACGAGCAAUUAGACCUUCAUCCAAACGGCCUGACGAUGAGCUUGCUGUGGACCCAGACCUGCCGCCUGCCUCUCUUCCCAGCAAUUUCACUUUGCCCACAUUUAAUUUCUCCUCUCCUCCCCCUACCUCCUCGCUCACCACCGGCACAACACCACUUGCAACCGUCUCUGAGGAACCGCUUGCAAAUAAGGAGGCAGUGAUGCCAUCCACACCACCAUCUGUCCCAUUCACGUUCUCUUCACCUAUUGUAAAGGCAACAGCAGCCAGUCCUCCAACCUUCUCUCCAUCAGCUGGAUUCACUUUCAGUGCUCCUACUUUGAAAACAGGCCCUUCUUACUCCAAUGGGAAAAUUGUUCCAACAGUAUUACCAGUCAAAUCACUGGCCAGUGAGGAAAAAGAGUUUGAAGGACCCUUCAAACCUGCAAAGGUCUUAAAACAGGGCAGUGUAUUGGAUAUACUUAAGGGACCUGGAUUUGCUUCCCCCUCUCAGAACUCUGCUGAUAAACCUUCACAGUCUGCGUUGUUAUCAUCUGCUACCUUUUCUGGUUUUGGUGACAAGUUCAGGCCACCUGCAGGUUCAUGGAGCUGUGACACUUGCCUAUUGCAAAACAAAUCCUUGGACAAAAAGUGCGUUGCUUGUUUCGCACCACAACCCAACACAGACACUGCCUCUAAAUCGGACAGUAAACCCGCAGAAGCUCCUGCAAGCAUUAGUUCUCUCUUUGCUCCUCCAGCUGGUAGCUGGGAAUGUGACACAUGUUUGGUUAGUAACAAACCGGAAGUAAUUAAAUGUGUAGCUUGUGACACGGCCAAACCCGGGACUGGAGUGAAAUCCAGACUGACUCUACCGGUUCCUUCAGAGACCUCAUCCACUCUCUCUACAACCACAACGACUGCCACUUCAUCUACAGCGACUGGACUGUUAGGAUUUGGGGACAAAUUUAAGAAGCCAGAGGGGGCUUGGGAUUGUGACGUGUGCAUGGUUCGGAACAAGGCACAGGAUGUCAAAUGCGUAUCCUGUAUGAGCUCUAAACCAGGAGCUGUAGCCGGUGUGGUCUCAACUCCAGUCUCUGCACCUGCAACCUCUGCUGCGUCUGCGUUAGGAUUCGGGGAUAAGUUCAAGAAACCUGAGGGGAGCUGGGACUGCGAGGUGUGCUGUGUUCAGAAUAAGGCAGCGGACCAGCAGUGUGUGGCCUGCCAGUCAGCAAAACCCGGAGCUAAAAUAGAGUCCAAAGGUUUUAGUUCAUCUUUUGGCGUUCAGUCCAACAGUACAGACUCAAGUUCAUCUGGUUUUAAGUUUGGUACCGGCUCUACGGACUCGACCUCUGCUGGAUUAAAGUUUGGAGGCUCUUUCGCAGAUUCUUCCACCGGGGUAGGAUUUAAAUUUGGAAUCGGGACUUCUGACUUGACCUCAAAAUCAGAGGGCUUCAAAUUUGGAGGCUCGUUCUCGGAUGCUGGUUCUGGUGGGGUCAAACUUGACUGUGCCUCGGCAGAAUCCGCAGUGACGAAAGAGAAUUCAACAACGGCCAUUGCUUUAAGUGGAUCCAUGGAUGGUGACGCAAUCGAAAAAACCCCUAAAUCUCAGGAUUCUAGUACGGGAUUUAAAUUUGGUGGCGGAAGUGGAAUCACUUUCAGCUCUCAAGCUCCUGGCUCGCAAAACUCUGCAUUUUUAUUUGGAGCUAAACCUAGUGAGAAGGAAAGCUCAAAUUCAUCAUUUAGUUUCUCUGUGCCCCAGUCCAAGGCUGAGAAAGAUGCUCCUGCUUUCUCAGAAACCGCUUCAACAACCACAACAUCAUCGACGACAACUGCAGAGAGCACCAUCCCUGUUUUUGGCAAGUCUUUAGUUGCUGAAUCUUCUGCCUCAAAGUUUGUGGAACAAGCAACGCAAGAGCCAACACUGGUGACACCUAACUUCACCUUUGGAAAACCAGAAGAGAAAAAGGACAUCUCUGCACCCUCAAAUGCGUUCUUGUUCGGUGCUUCCAAGGAAGCGGAGAAACCAAAGGCAAACUUGGGCUUCUCUUUCAGCGAGCCAGAUGCUCCAAAAGAUUUCCUCAAGCCUACGCUCACGUUUGGGAAAACUGCUGAGUCAACAGAACCCCCAAAGCCAUCGUUUGGUUUUGGACAGAGUAUAAAAGAAACAUCUGCUCCAACGCCCAAUUUUGGCUUCAUGGCCAACUCCUCGAGCACCCCAGCUUCAUCCAGCUCCACCCCCAGCCUUUUCAUCACUCCCACUACCUCUUCCCUGGCUCCCACCCCUGUUCCCUCAAGCACCUUUGUAUUUGGCCAGAGUUCCUCCUCUGAACUUACCGUGGCAAAGACUUUCGUGUUCGGACAGCAGGACAGCCAGACACCGGCACCUGCGGCUCCUUCUGCUGCACCUGCACCAGCACAACCUUUCCAAUUUGGCUCGGGCUCAAACUCAUCUGGCCCUUCUUUCAAUUUUGGUGCUGUUGCGUCCUCCACCCCAGCCUCUGCCGCUCCGACUCCGUCUGCCAACCCUUCCCCGUUUGUCUUUAGUUCUGCCGCUCCUUCAUCUGGCUUUGGCACUGGCCAGGCACCAAUCUUCGGACAAAACGCAUCUCAGCCCAGUGCUCUUUCGUUCGGGUCAUCGGCACCUUCAUUCUCAGCCAACGCUUCCCCAGCUUCUGCAUUCGGAGCCAAGUCCAAUACUGCCCCUGUAUUCGGUCAGCAAGCCAAUCCUACACCUACGUUUGGAUCGACUGCUGCCUCCACGGGCCAAGGAGGGUUCCAGUUUGGCAGCACUGGUGGGUUUGGAACAACGGGGAGCAACAGUAAUGUGUUUGGUUUUGGGGGGGCAGCAGCUCCAGCAACUCCUGCUGCCAGUCCAGCAAUGCCGGCGUUAAACCCCCCCGGCGGAGGCUUCAGCUUCGGCCAGACACCUGCUUUUAACAUUGGGUCAGGAAAGAGUCCUUUCACACCAACACCAUCUGGACAGAAUUCAAUUGCUGGACGCAAAAUAAAAAUGGCUGUUCGACGCAGGAAGUAAAUGUUGGAAGGGAUUGCUUGUGGCUUGGGUGUAGACUAUCGGGACAAACACUGAAGUACUUAGUAUUUUGAGCAUGGCACUGUGAUUAUCUCAUAGUGCCAGGGGAUUUCAUUUUUUUUUUUUUUUUUUUUGCUAUGGAGGUCAUUGAAAAACUCAAUGGGGGACACUGGCCCAAACAAAGAACCUAACCAAGACUUAAAGAUGCAAAAUUACACAUAACAAUCAAGAACCUUUUAAACAGGACUGAAAUCUUUGCAGCAUCUGCAUUGUGUGCAGGAUUUGCAUUUUCCUUUUUUUGUGAGUAAAUAAAAGAAAUGAGUUUAAUGAUGCUCUGAAGAAAAGUAUUGGCGGGUUGCUUACGCUUGGGUUGACUUCAUACGGCUGAGACAUCCUGACAAGAAUGGUGUUUCCAUGUACUGAAUGACCCGUGUGUUCCUGGUUCGCAGGUUGUGUGUGCGUGUAUGUGUGGUUUCUUUUGUACGUGCUGAAUUGUUUGAUGUAAAAACGUAGCCUGUGCGCCCGAGUGCCGACUGAUGUGAGAAGCAAAAUGAAUGUUUUAAUAAGGAGUGACGCACUGCUGAGAUUUGCAGGCAAGGAAGAAAAAGGAAAAGUCCUGAAUUCUUCUUCUCUCUAAAUCUGUAGUUCUGAAUCUGUUCAUGUUCAUCUUGUACGCUUUAUUUUCUUAUGUACUCCCUCUUAUUUUGUCUACCCCUCUCAAUUUGAUACCAGCCUCUUUCUUUCUCUCGCAAUUUUUUUUCUGUCCCUCUCAUUCUUUAACUUGUGCUUCUGAAUCAAUUUAAUUGGCCUUUUGAAUAUUAUUAAAAAUUGUAAAUAGUGACUUUUUUUUAAUCUGUGAAGUUUUGUGUGUUUAAACCCGCUUCUUUUUUGUUUUUUUGUUCAGUGCUCUUGUCUUUUAGAAAUUAUUAUGUAAAGCCCUUAAUUUCAAAGUUGCCCAAAUCCAUUUAAAAGUAAACUUAAAUGCAAAUUGGGGAUCCUUUGAAGACUAAAGGAAUAUUGGCUUUUCUGAUCCACUUUUGUUUGGACCAAAACCAGUAUUGUAAAAAGUGUUAAGUAUAUAUUUUUCUAUAUCACUUGUUUAAAUGGACUUAGGGUGACUUUGGAUAAUAAGGACGUCUACUUAAUUUUAAAGCCAUGAUAAUUAUUACUGGCUGAGUGAUAAAUAAAACCAUGGGUAAUUGCCAUCA